AUCCUGCCACUCACCGAUCAGAGACACACCAGGAUUCAAGCUAAGAAAGCCAGGGGACCGCUCGCAAGAUGGUGUCGUUCAAGCAGGAGCACUCAGCAGACAAGAGGAAAUCGGAAGCGGAGCGGAUCCGUGCCAAGUACCCGGACAGGAUUCCAGUGAUUUGCGAAAAGGCAGACCGCAGCGACAUCCCGGACAUCGACAAGAAGAAGUACUUGGUGCCCGCAGACCUUAGCACUGGCCAGUUCAUCUACGUGAUCCGCAAGAGGAUCAAGCUGGACCCCGAGAAGGCCAUCUUCAUCUUCGUCAACGAUACCAUACCACAGACCUCUGCACUAAUGUCUCAGGUAUACGAACACCAGAAGGACGAGGAUGGCUUCUUGUACAUCACCUACAGCGGAGAAAACACGUUUGGGUAAAACGAAAGGCCAGCCGGUUGCCGGCUAGCGAGCGACCGGGCUGCUGUACAAAAAGAGGGCACUUUUAAAAUUCCGAGGCAAAAAAAAAAAUGAACAAAAGCGUCACGGAAAAAGGACCGGAUCGAUAGGAACGUUGUGAUGGUCGAGAUUUUAUGCAUAGCUCGUCUUGUUUUGAUCUGCGUACUGGCCGGGUUUUGGGGGGAAUGUCGGCGGGGGGAUGGAGGUAGGGUGGUGGGGCCUCGAGCCAAGCCACUUCACAUGUCUACCUACGCAAGCGGAGCACAGAUGCCCAUCGUGUAGGCGAAGUGUUGGUCCAGGUGCACGGAUGUAAGGAUGUCGGGGAGAGCACGAACCUGUUUCGGUUGGAUUGGAGAUUUCGGAGACUUCGGAUGCUGCAGAGGUACUCGAGGAGGAGGAGGAGGAGGAAGCUAGUGUGUUUGGCGUAGCAGCAGCAGCAGCAGCAGUUGGGUCGCGGUGUUUUGGGCUGUGAGGCUGAUUUUGCCCGGAAGGAACCGGCCGGAUCUCUCGGGGGUGCUAACAACCGACCGGCCCGCUUGAUUGUCUCCGUCCUUGUCGUGGACGAUGGUGGGUGUUCGUGAGUCGGAGUCGACGGGGCCACGCGUACACGAUGCUACCGCCAGGUCUGGCAUGGAUUUUCGGGAAGCACAUUACAACUACCAUUAUAGAAGGUUGGGCGGCGCAGCUGCUGCAGAAAGCCAUAAGCGUGAUGACCUUCCAAGAGCAGCAGCUUGAGGGGGGUGAGUGAUUGGUGAUUGGUUGGUUGCAAGAGGAUCGUGUUCGCUGGCCGCAGCCCGCGGAACGAAACCAGAUGCCGACGGGAUGGGUAUUCCUGGGGGGGAGGGGGGGUGAACAGCAGUAAGCAGCGAUUUGGAUGGUGAUGGUUGUUUAGCGAGGCGUCUCCUGGGUUGGCGCGUGUCUGGGCGGGUGGUCACUCGUUUGUUGUUUCGGCUGCGAGAGAAAGAGCCGCUCUGCUGGCUCUUGGGUUCUACCGGUGCCUUGGACCGUCCGGGGCGGGGCGCUCCUGUGCCCUGCUUAGCUCUUUCGUGCGUACGAUGGCGUUAUCGCGGACGAACACGUCGGUAGGGCCUGCGUUAGCUGGCUGCCCCUGACGGGCGGGGGGCGUUGGUAGGCUCGCCGUAAAGGAAGUUCAACCGUAUCUCGUAACACGCGUUGCCUGGUUCGUUGUCGUGGCCGUAAGGAAAGAGAUGGUUCAACCGCAGUACAUAAAAAAACGAAAAUGCUUGG